GUGAAGCGGGGAAAUAACAUGGCUGACCUCGCACAAGAAAAAAAAAAAAAAAAAAAAAACACACACAAGGAAAGUUUCUGAAGCUAUAAACGCGGGACUAGGUCAAGUUUUGUCACUCUUCUGCAUGUUGCCCUUGAGGUCAGUCAACCCUAUUUUUUUCUGCAUCUUUUGAUCAGCGAGUGCGAUUUUUUGUUGUUGCCUUGAUAAUCAUCCUUGAUGAUAUGAACAGUACUCAAGAUGGACGUGAAUCACUGCAAGUUGGACAGGAAGCUGACGCCAAGAAACCACGAGGGAAAAGCAGAUCAGUUGCAUGGGCAGUGUCCUUGACAGCAUCUUCAGCCAGUGUGGAUGUUCUUCAGGACAGAACUGAAUUGGUAGUGGAAACAGAGAGCUAUGUUGAUUUAGACAAAGGAAAUGCAUCAAGGUUUGUGGUUUACGCCUCAACAGCGCCGUCCAUGCUUCUCAGGAUCAGUGAUGAGGUUGAAGUAACUGAAGAUCCGACGCGAAACUGGUUAGAAAUUGCUUCCCAAGAUGUUCUCUUGCAAAGCGAGGCUUUACCAGACGCGGACAACGGCCUGCCAAGCUUCACGCUUCAUGACGUUCACACGGGGGCCGAAGUUGUCAAGUUUACGAGCAAAAAAGUAUCGUCAGCGUGCUACGAAUGUUUUACUGGAACCAAGACGAACAUGAGUGUGUGUGAUGCAACUGGGAGGCUGAUAGGAAAUUUGCACAAGAAUGAAUCUCACUUUAAAGGAGUCAGUGUGGAGGUGGAGGAAGCCAAUGUUGUGAUUUUCAGGGCAAUUCCUGAGGCGUUGGAAACGAGUGAAGAUGAACAGAAUCCGCAUCAGGAAUGUUUUGUGGUGGAGCAGAACAAACACCCUGGUUUGGCUAUUGGUCGGAUUGUGUCGACUUUCUCUGGACACUGGAGAACCUUGCUGUCACUACGACAUCCGCUACCAGUGAAAAAAGUUGCUUUGCUUUUGGGUUGUGCCUUGGCUGUACAUGAAUGGUACCACAAAAUAUGGUUGCCUCAUCAUGUAGCUGAUGCUCAGUUGGGUGGUGCUCACUUGACCCCGCACCAGUUUCUCCACUAUGUUGCAAACAAAACAAAAAACAGCAACAUGUGA